CUAUCAUAAGGAAAAAAAAUAGUACGGUGGGAAAAAACCGGCGGCCUCUGCUUGUGGGGUAACAUACUGUGCAAUAUACAGAGCACGGCUUGGAAAGCGGCGAAGAGAAGAAAGAAUCGCAUUCUGCAGACCGCUGAUGCCCUUUCAUUGUCACGGCAAACUAUAGCCAGAGCAUCAUCAUCAUUCAAUGGAGCUCCCUCUUCAUCCCAAACCAGCAGCUUCAGCCGCCACCGCGCCGUACGAUGAUGCUGGAGCCCUCAUUCUCACAGACGCUGCUGGCCCGCCAAACAGUAUUUCUUACAAUGUUUCUCUGUCGGGCGUCAGUAAUGCAAGAGGGCUUUCAGAAACUCAGCCUGCGUUUCAUAAAGCCUUUGCGCGACGUGUACUCCCACAGAAGCUCUUGGGUAUUUCUGAGAAGCUCAUGGAGAUGGAUGUAGAUGCAGAUCCGGCAUAUCAAGGCUGGGCCCCUGGAUCUACAACCAUCUCUGGUUUUGGCCGUGAAGUCACCUACUGGAGGAAUAUCCGUGCUGCCGCUGGAAAGGAAGCCCCAGAGGAACCAACAUGGCGCACUGCAAGCAACCGUCCUGGACUGGAUGGAAAAUUCAUUAUACAAACGUUCAUGCAAAGACAGCAAGGUCUCGGUGAUGACUGGACAGAGCAGAAGGGAUAUGACCAAGUCGGCGAACUGGUUUCACGAAAAGAGUAUCACUGGAUGAGUCCGGAUGAAAAGACAAAAAUCCGUCAUCAGAUUAGUGACCUUCUCUCAGCCAUGGCAACUAGUCCCGUCCUUUCUUUUGAGACUGUCGGCUGUGUGGCGACGCUAGUUCACUUUGAAAGAAUAGGACGUGAGUUUACUUUUGUCGACUUCAUGUACCAGCUUUUAAAGGCCAGAGAAGUCCUUCUUCGCAUGGAAAAGUCGCCACCCGACAGCUGGUAUGGAGGCAUCAGCAAUCGCAUUCUAUGCGACCUGAUCAUAGCCGACCUCUGGACCGAAAACUUUGAGCCAAAUGGUGAGACAACGUUUAUACCCAAAAAGACGACGGUCUAUAAUCAAUUCGACGGAUUACUUCGCUUUGUCAAAGCAAUGCAGUGGCCGUAUGAAGAAGAGAUCCGUGAUGCAAUACAGCAGCUGCGCGUGGCUGACCCGACCCAAAUGAGCUACGAGAUGAGCAGCUGGGACUGGUUAAAUGGAAUGAUAUUUCCUGGCGCCUUUUUCAAUUUGGGGGUUGUAAGUGCUAUUACAUCCUUCUCCCCUUCACUUCGAGAAAAGGGUGGUGUUCUUGGCAAGACGGUCUCGGUGCGUAGGGGCAACUUUGGUGUUUUAUACUCUGAGUCGAGCUACUGGAACUCUCGGUCUAUUAUUGGCAAAGUGCUCGCUCCCAUGGCCUCAGCACGACCUGCAGAAAAGAGCGUCAAGACCAAAUGCAUAGGUGGCUGGGUUGGGCCUUGUUUAGCAGCGACUUUCAUCGAAGGGGCUGGGUAUAUCCCCGACUGCAAGUUUGGGGCUAUUGCGUCUGUUGAUUCUUUGUAUCCGGCAUCUUCCUACGCCCCAGAGCCAGAGUUGUACAAACCAAAGAAGGCUGAAGUUGAUGACAAGAGUAAUUGGAUUGAGCCUACGGUACCACCUGCUGCCACCGACUCGGCAAAACUCACUGCCUUGCGUCUCGUCAGGACGUCUGUGCUUAUCAACAAUCAGCCACGAGGAAACGAAGCUGUGUCGUAUCAGGCGCAAUUGGACUUCCGGCUCAACAGGACGAAGGCUACGGUGUCUACAACACUAAAGACUAAUAGCAUCUUCAUCGCUGCACCAGCUUGCCGUGGGCAGCACCGAAUUGAUCCGGCAGAGGCAUCCAAGUAUCGAUUUCAUACUCUACAGAUUGAGGAGUUGGUGGAGGAUGACGAAGCGCCACCAGACGGACGGGACGAUGCAGAAAUCAUUGUAGUAAACACAAAUGGAGCUCACGCAUCAGAGGCCUAUGCACGCGCUUGGUGCAGCGAAGAGGGAAAGGACGCCGUGAUUUGGAAGAGAACGGAGCCAAAGUGCUGCUUCAAGUGUGCAUUGAUGUUGGCAAGCAAGGACGGGUUGGGUGUUGGAAUUGUUAUUAUUUCCUAGAAAAUCCAGUUUGUUCGUGAAAUAUGGCUUUCUCACCUGCUUACUGUAUGUAAAUAGAAUAGAAAAUAUUCCAUUAAAUUAUAAACCCGGAC